UCAGAAGUCUGUUCCAUUGAGUAGGGUGUGGUUCUAAACUGUAUGCCUCAGCCGAGGAAAAGCCCAGUCCCAUAUCCUACAUCACGGACCUAUGAGACAGGAUUUGCCAGGAAAGUCUGCCAUAUUUGAUGGGAAUUCAGCUAUGUUGCCAAGAUUUCAAUGUUCUACAAAUAUUACUUUCAGGAGAUGAUGACCCAAAUGUUUACAGAGUGGAAAUGUCCUGUGGACACACUGUGGAUCCCAUUUCACUCACGGAAUGGUGUCGUAGCCGUAUCAGCCAGGGUCAUUUCAAAUUCUACUGCCCUGCAAUAAUAGAUGGGAUAAAUAAAGGCUGUGGAAAGGAAUGGUCCUACAUGGAGGUGUGCAGACAUGCAUUGCUCUCUGUUGAGGAACGACAGGAUUUUGAAGAGAAGCUUGCCACUCUCGCCGCUUCAAGUUACUAUGAAUACAAACAGUGUCCUAGGUGUGGGAGCAAUGUGGGACGGAAAGAUGAGAUGAACGUAUCAGUGACUUGUUCAGUCUGCACGGCCAUUGAUGGAAUCCCUUUUGAAUUUUGCUGGCAAUGUAUGAAGAAGUGGAAAGGCCCAGCUCCGCGAUCUGAUAAAUGUGAUAAUGAAGGAUGCAUUAAUGAGCAGCUGAAAUGCUUGAAGAAUUGUGACACAAAAACUUUACCUGACAGCAAUGUUCAAAAUUGUCCUAUACUCCGUGCUUGUCCCACUUGUGGUUUGCUUAUAAAACAUAAAGCUAUGUGCAAAUAUGUCGUGUGCAUCAGAUGCAAUAAGGAAUUUUGCUUUGCCUGCCUUAACACAAAGGCAAAUUGCAGGGCAUCUUCUGAGUAUUCUUGUUAUUGUGCUAUACCUGUAGCCCCAAGGCAAACAAGUAUUCCAGUGUGGAAUCGUACUCAAGUUCAGACCUCCAAUUCCACCUCAGAUUCCUAUUCAAUUGGCAGUCCAAGUCCCACUCCACCACCCGCUCCAAGGCUCACUCCAUCACGAGCUCCAAUGCCACAUCCCGCUCCAAUGAUACGUUACGCUCCAAUACCACGCUCUGCUCCAAGUCCCACUCUUAAUUAUAUUACAUUUACUGAACAAAUCAUUCAGAUUCAUGUUCAGGAUUCUUCUUUAAAUUCUAAUUCUAAUUGCACAAUUCUAUAAGUAAACAAUCUAUAUCAGACAUUGCUGAAGAUACAAAAAUGUAGUACAGUCAGUUAAAUGUUGUUAGAGCGUAUUAUGUAAUUUGCUUGACCCUUUGUUCUCUUGUGAUGGAUUAUUUCAUUCAUUGUUCCAAUGGUGAUGUGAUCUGAGAAUACAUAAGUAGAAUAAAUAAUUGUCAUUUCAUCUUCCAUAAAACAUCCAGCCCUGGUUUAAAGUGGAUUAAUGCAUUAUAUGUAUAUACAGUUUAAGUGCACGAUAAUCAUGUCUCUUCAUUUUUGUGCAACAUUCUGUGUAUAAUGUGAGGAAAACAUAACUGAUCGCCUUUGAAUUUACUGUUCUUCUGCAAGCACUUCUUGCUUUAGUAAGUUUAUAAGUAUUAACCUGUGAAAUGGAUCAAUAUUCAAAUAUCCAAAAAUAGGCUGGUGCAUUCAGUAGUGUAUCAUCUUGUGUGGUAAUGUCAUUAAAAUAUUUUCAACUAUUUUAUAAUCUUCUGUAAAAUAAAAUUUACGUUGAGCAGAGUUGCACAAAACGGAAU